AUGAAGUUCCUUACCGAUUCAUGGGAUUUUAUCCUACUGAAGUUUUUGUUAGACAAGCUUCCUCGUUCCCUUCGGGAAAAAUUCGAGUCUGCUCACCGGGCUGAGGAGAUACCGCGAUAUACUCAACUCACGAAAUUUCUAGCGGAACAUUGUCAGGUUCUCGAGGCCGUCGCGGGCCCGUCCUCCAAAACCAAGUCCACGCCGGUCUCUUUGUUCGUGACUAACACGGCCGAUUGCCCCGUUUGUAAAGAGCCUCACUACGUGUCAAAGUGCUCCCAGUUUUUGAAACUCUCGCCGAGAGAGAGGCAGGCUAAGGCUCGCGACUUAAAAUUGUGCCUCAAUUGCCUGCGCUCAGGGCAUGGUAUGAAAAAUUGUCCUUCCGCAUGGACAUGUCGGUCCUGCGGAACAAAGCAUCAUACGCUUCUGCAUUACGAGCAGAGCUCCAAUACUACUCCUAAGACCGAACCCAUUAGCGCGACUCCUGCCGAACCGGACGCCGUACCCGCUCCUCAGUCGGAGGAUGCGCCGAUUGUAACAAUGACUAGCCUAGCCAAUAGAAUCGUCCUCCUGUCCACCGUACGAGCCGAGGCAAUAGACGCGCGUGGCAAUGCGUUCCCCGUACGCAUAUUGCUGGACAGCGCGAGUCAGGCCAAUUUCAUUACCGAGAGCUGCCUUCGGAAGGGCGGCUUUCGUCGCACCAAACACAGCGCAACCGUGUUGGCGAUAAACGAAGCUAGGGCAGCCACGACGAGGGGCCUCACCUCCCUCGUGAUCCGCGCGCGCGAUCGCGACGACACUCGGUUCUCGAUAGAGGAUACGAUCCUCCCGCGCAUAACCUCGCCGCUGCCUAGUGACAAGGUGGAGGUCCAAUCGUGGAAACACUUGAAGGGAUUGCCGCUCGCGGAUCCCGAAUAUUACGUGCCCGGCAGUGUUGACAUCCUCUUAGGGGAUUCGUUUGUGUCGAUACUACGGGAUGGCCGUCGUAAGGGGGAAAAGGGAGAACCCGACGCCUUCAAUUCAGUCUUCGGAUGGGUCCUGACGGGCGCGGUAUCCCCGUCAGUCCAAGCAACACCCCUGCUAUCAUUCGCGACUACGCUCGAGUCGAUCGAGACAUCAGUGGGUCGCUUUUGGCAAUUGGAGGAGGUGCCGGAGGACGCUUCUUGUUCGGACGAGGAUCGACGCUGCAAGGAGAUCUUUGCCCAGACCACGUAUCGUGACUCCUCGGGUCGUUUCGUGGUCUCGUACUCGUUCGUGUCGGAUCCUCCUAUAUUCGUCGGCUCGCGCUCCAUAGCGGUUAGUCGUCUCCGCGCACUAGAACGUCAAUUUAAAUCUGAUCCGGAGUUCAGAGUUGGUUACAAUAGUUUCAUGCAGGACUAUCUCGAUAGCGGACACAUGGAGUUGCGGGUAGUGUUUAACGCGUCCUCGCGCUGCCCGAACGGUCUGUCGAUCAACGACACCCUGCUCAGCGGUCCGAAGCUGCAGCAGGACCUGCUCGCCAUCCUGCUUAGGUUCCGCGCCGAAGCAAUCGCUCUAACCGCGGACGUGAAGCAGAUGUUUCGCCAGAUUUGGAUAAGCCCGGAGCAAUGCGACUACCAACGUAUCGUCUGGCGCUUCUCGGAGUCGGACCCCAUCCUCGACUAUCUCCUCAAAACCGUUACGUUCGGUUUGGCGAUCUAUUGUUUGCUCCAGUUAGCUCAUCAAUACCGCGAGAAAUAUCCUCUAGUGUUCGCAACCCUACUCGAGGCGCUGUAUGUGGAUGACGUCGUGACUAGCGUUCGUACGGUAGAACAGGCUCGUGCACUCCGCGACCAAUUGCUAUCGCUUCUCCGAAGCGCCGGCUUCGAGCUUAGAAAGUGGUCGAGCAGCCAUCCUGCCGCGCUGGAGGGCCUCGACACGCAGUUAUGUAGCAAAUCAAUGUUAGAUUUCGAGUCAAGCGAGGAUCAAUCUCAGAAGAUAUUGGGCCUUCGGUGGCACUCACAAUCUGACAGUUUCGGGUUUCAAGUCAACGCGUUGGAUCGUGAGUGCACCAAACGCACUAUAUUAUCGGAAGUAGCUCGCGUCUUCGACCCCUUGGGUUUUCUGGCCCCACUCACCUUUACCGCGAAGUGCUUAAUUCAGCGUCUGUGGACCCUUAAAUUAGAUUGGAAUGAUGAGCCACCGAUGGACAUUCAUCGCAGUUGA